UCCAGUGCCUAAAGGGGUACAAGAAACCUGGAGAGAGACUUUCUACAAGGGCAUGUAGUGACAGGACAAGGGGGAAUCGCUUUAAACUGAAAGAGGGUAGAUUUAGAUUAGGAAGAAAUUCUUCCCUGUGAGGGCAGUGAGACACUGGAACAGCUUACGCAAAGAAGUGGUAAAUGCUCCAUCACUGGCACUGUUCAAGGCUAGGUUGGAUGGGGCUUGGAGCAGCCUCGUCUGGUGGAAGGUGUCCCUGCCCAUUGCACGGGGGUGGAACUGAGUGCGCUUUAAGGUCCCUUCCAACCCAAAUGAUUCUGGGAUUCUAUGAAAUAUACCCAUCCUGACUUCCAUCAUGUGCCAGAGGAUGUGAACCUUCAGAGAAACCAAUCCUUAAUUUUAGGAACAAUCCAAACAAUCUCACUGUGAGAAUUAAAUCCUUGGAUCCUUAGAAAAGUUUUACAAACAGUAAAACCUAAUUUUCAGUUUAUGAAGAGAAAUGUGUGUACUGACAAAACCACAACUACAGUGUACUUGAUCAUGUUUUAAAAUAGGAGCUUAGGACAGAGUGAAGGAGGUUUAGUUUUUAAAUGCACUUCUGCUGGUGCAUUUAAAAUGGGUCCUCUGUUCUGCUGAAGAGAGACCCCAGAACUUACAACUUCACUUUUAAUUAAUUUUUUACUGAAAAGUGCAAUUCAUAAAAAAAUAGCUUAUUUGCACUUACUUAAAUUAUGCUUACUGAUAUGCACAGACAAUGCAGAUAGCAGUGGUUUAAUAAAAUGAGUUAGUUGGCCUUGUUGCCUGUGCUAUAUUGCUUUCCCAAAAGUGGCAACAGUCCCUGGUUUGCUUCAGUUUGUGACCGAGAUGGGCAGCCCUGGAAUUGGUUCCUGUUUUGGUCAAGUUCUUUGUUUUUAAGCUCUUGCUCACAAGUUAGGGAAACCAUUUUUCCAUCAAGUAAAUGAGAAAGUGCUGAUAAAACUAGUAUAAAUUGCACCUUCUGAUUUUGUAAAAGAAUACUUACAUUUGCCAUUCUGUCUUAAGAGGAAAUAAAUAUAUUUGUAUGUCAUCAUAUAUAUGGCAGUGCAUGAUAGUUCAUGACACUUUAAAAGAUGUCCUUUGUCUUGAAUGGAGUAAACGGGGGAAAUCUAGGCCUCAACGCUUCUCUGCUGCUAUUCUGCUCUUCUUUUAUUUCUUGCUGCUAAUUGGAUUAAUAGGUUACUAUGGCAUCCCGUGAGGAGAUUACUAUCUGUGAAGAUGAAGUAAGGUCUCUCUACAGCCACUUAGAGAAGAUGACAGAUUUGGUGGCUGUUUGGGAAGUAGCUUUAAGUGAUGGUGUUCAUAAGAUUGAAUUUGAACAUGGAACCACUUCAGGAAAACGUGUUGUCUAUGUUGAUGGAAAGGAAGAAAUAAGAAAAGAAUGGAUGUUUAAAUUAGUGGGUAAAGAAACAUUCACUGUUGGAGCAUCCAAAACAAAAGCUACUAUUAACAUUGAUGCCGUCAGUGGCUUUGCAUAUGAAUAUACUUUGGAGAUCAAUGGGAAGAGUCUCAAGAAGUAUAUGGAGAACAGGUCAAAAACAACCAAUACUUGGUUACUGACUCUGGGUGGUGCAGACUAUAGAGUUGUUCUAGAAAAGGAUACGAUGGAUGUGUGGUGCAACGGUCAAAAAAUGGAAACAGCGGGUGAGUUUGUAGAAGAUGGGACUGAAACUCACUUCAGUGUUGGUGAUCACAGCUGUUGCAUUAAAGCUGUCAGUAGUGGCAAACGAAAGGAAGGAAUUAUUCAUACCCUCAUUGUGGACGACAGAGAAAUCCCAGAGACUGUGGAGUAGCCUCCAGUUAACUGAUAAUUGUAGGACUAAGAUAAGGAAUUUUCAAUUACUGUGGUAAUUAUUUUAUUAUGUACUACUUGGUACAUCUGGUUUGUGCUGGGUUUAUUUUCUAGUUUCUGUGUAUGGAAUUACUCUUUUACAGACCAGUUGAAAAUUAUUAUAUACAACCUCUUACGUGACCAUUUUUAAAGAAUUCUAUGUAUAUAUAAGUAUAUAAAUAUAUACAUUAUAUCACUAAGUGCAGAGAAUACUGGUGAGCUUAAGUAGAAAUUAUAUACUAGAAAAUACCUCACUAUAAUAAAAUGGAAGAUAAAUAUU